ACACAAAAAGAAACAAGAACUACAUACCAAAAGAUAGAAAAGCAGCAUUUCAUCCGUAACGUCCAAUCCCCCAUCAAACAACAAAAAUUCCCAAAACAAAACCAAUUUUUCGUAGAAAAGAAAACUAGUUAAAUCUUUAUGCAUGCAAGGUGUUGAUUCCAAAUGUGGCUUAAAUUGGGGUAGAGAUAGACAAUAAUGGUUAAAGAAAUGGAGGAAACUGCAGAAGAUCAAGCAGAGCCUUCGAGAUCGUCGAAGCUAUGGCGGUUCAGGGGCAUGCUCGUGAGCAGCGCCACCAAAUUCCGACGUAACCUCAACGACAGCAACAACGUAAACAAUGGAUCCGAUGAGGCUGCCGCCGCCCCAACCUUGCCCCAAGAUCCUCCUCCCCCUCUUGUCCAGCCCAGGCCAGGUGGCCUUCUCAGCAGGACAGAAAACGUCAAGUCCCGUGGCACUAAAAUCGCCCCCGCCCCUGCUCCCGCCAAAGAAGUACCCCCUCCUGUCAGGAAGAUACCUACAGAUAUGGAUAUGAUGAAGGAGAAGUUUGCAAAGUUGCUACUAGGCGAGGACAUGUCGGGAAGAGGGAAUGGAGUAUCAUCGGCUUUGGCAUUGUCAAAUGCAAUCACAAACUUAGCAGCUUCUGCAUAUGGAGAGAUGAAGAAAUUGGAGCCGAUGGCGCCCGACACUAAAGUAAAGUGGAGGAAGGAGAUAGAUUGGCUGCUCUCUGUCACUGACUCCAUAGUUGAGUUCGUUGCUGUCACACAAAACAAGGAGGAUGGAACCACCUUUGAGGUGAUGGCGACGAGGCAGAGAAACGACCUGCACGUGAACAUUCCUGCGCUGCGCAAGCUUGACACGAUGCUUCUUGACUGUCUGGACAACUUCAAGGAGCCGCACGAGUUUUUCUACGGAUCAAAGGACGGCGAAAAGGCCCAGAGAAGCGACGACAAAUGGUGGAUUCCUGUGCCUAGGGUGCCCCCGAACGGGCUGUCCGAGAACAACAGAAAAUGGCUGCAGCAUCAGAAGGACUCAGUGAACCAAGUGCUGAAAGCAGCCAUGGCUAUCAAUGCUCAGGUCCUCAAUGAAAUGGAGAUCCCAGAGGCCUACAUUGAUUCUCUCCCUAAGAAUGGGAGAGUAAGUCUUGGAGAUGCGAUAUACAAGACGAUCACAGAGGACUUCUUUGAUCCGGACUGCUUGCUGUCGUCUUUGGACUUGUCAUCGGAGCAUAAGAUAGUCGAACUCAAGAACAAGAUCGAGGCAUCUGUCGUGAUAUGGAAAAGGAAGAUGAAUGCCAAAGACAACAAAUGGGGUUCGGCCGUGAGCACAGAGAAGAGGGAGAUUCUAGAAGAUAGAGCAGAAACCGUGUUGCUGAUCCUCAAGCAUCGUUUCCCCGGUACCCCUCAGUCAGAUCUAGAUAUCACCAAAAUCGAAUCCAACAAGGAUGUGGGGCACGCGGUUCUUGAGAGCUACUCGAGGAUCUUGGAGACGUUAGCAUUCACCGUCUUGUCUAGAAUAGAAGACGUGAUGAGCGCUGACGCUCAAGCAAGGGGCUCUGCGACUGCAGAGAAGACGAAGUCCAUAAAGGUAUCUGACAAAGUUGCAGUGGCUAAGGAGGAAACGGAGCAGCAGCAGCGGGAGACAGAAGGGAAGACAACCAACGACGAGAAUGCAGAUGCAUAGACCCUCACCAAACAAGAAAACCUCACCCCGAGCAAGAAGUUGUCCUACAUAGAGAGGCUAGAGGUCCUAGGGGGCACGAGAAGCCCAACGGCACGCCACUAACAUGAUAUGCAGCUAGUUCACGGAACUCAACAGGUGAUGGAUGGAAGGAUGGAUGGAUGAAUGUAUGUACAGAAAUGACAAAAAUCAUAGAGUUUAACAAUUUCAAAAAGCUCUGCUUUGCUAACAAAAAGCAGUGGUAGAUUAAUUGGAUUUUAUGUACAUUUAGAUUAGAUGUCUAGGGAGUCAAAUUAACGACUCAUGUUUAUGGACUGCACGACCGUAGUUGGCUGCAGUCCGAGUGUUCUAAUAGUCUGCAGAGGGCAAAAUAGUUAUGUGAUUGAACAAUGUAACCAGAAGCCGUUCUGAGUUAUACUAGGAGGCCAUUCUAAGAUUACUAGUUUCACGAGCAA